AUGUGGUACUGCCGUUUUGGCGAAGACAGCAUCUCGCUAGACGAUCAGCGGAGGUUGCAAAGCAGGGAUCGUCAGGAACAUGCGCUGAGGAAAGCGGUAUUUUUUCUGUGGAUGAGGUCGAAAGUUGGGGAUGAUAGGCUUAUCUUUGUAGUUUCGUCCUUGAUACAGCUCGCUGCAUGACAUCACUAGCACUACAUCGCUGAAGAGGUUCCGUCAAACAAAUACAGGUCAUUAGCGCCCGCCGCGAGAUGCUCUUUCUACAACGAGCAGCUGGCAAGGACAAGCGCUUUGAGCGGUUUUUGAAGAAAAAAGAACGAUGUUUAGAUGUCAAGUUGCGCAACCCUGGUUCCAUCUUGAAACCGAAGUCGCGACUUCUAUCUCCGGAAAGAAAAGCAGAGAUACAGUACAAGAAAGACGUGGCUCGCAGUAUAGCAAGUCCGUACAGCACAGCGAGUCCAGAGGGUCAAGAUGCUCUAAAAGGAGUACUAGGAGGUCAGAAGCAAUUGCCAUCUUCAAGCAGGACGCCGAGAGACAACAAAGAAAAUCUUGGAGUUGCCUCGAAAGCGCUUGCGUCGCAGAUCAAGCCGCCACCGCUGACUAAGGUAUUUGUUAUGUUGAAUCUGUACUCAAUCAUGCGUAUGGUUCUUUCGAAUUUAGAGGAAUGGAAAUGCAAAAACCUCCAAGUACGAAAACUUUCUCCAAUAACCACAGCCUCGCAGCGACAGUUUCAGUUCCCGCGCGACGCCUCCGUUAUCCCCCACUAAAAGCGCGUCUCCAUCCAAGACCUCCGCUCGAAAAGCUUUGCACUCUAGGGACAAGUCCCCUCCUAGAGGGAGAGAAAUAGGUGGAGCGGCAGGCGCAGGCAAAUCGUUUGUGGAGCGCGUGGCCCUGGAGCUUCGCUCUGUGCGCAGUCCCAGCAAACGAGGCAGAUUAGACGAAGCUGCAACGGAGAAGCUACUGCAGGAAUUGAGGAAAAAAGUAACCGAGACGGCUGUGAAAAUGGACAAGAUAAACAUGGCAUUGCCGUCCGGAGGAACAUCUUCUCUAGCCCUAGGAGAUAUGUACAGCUACGGAGGAAAGAACGCGACGAGUCGUACAACGGAUCCUCUCGCUUCUGCUUCUCUAGACAUCAUCAAAAACGCAGACGAUAUUAUAGCACGUGAGAAGAAACGAGAAGAGGAUAAAAUGGUCAUGCAGAGCUUCUUGGCUUUACCACCAGAACCAUCAGGAGGUCCGUCUGGUUCUUAUGCGAUGCCAUCGCCGAGAGGACCGGAUCGAUUUUAA